GACGUCGGUCGGUAACUCGGGGGAAAAAAAAGGGCGAACCACAUCCUCGCCAACAUCCACCUCUCGAUUUCAGCGACUUUCGAGAUGUCAAGAAAGCUACAAAGGACUGAAGUCUGCGCCGACUGCAGUGCGCCAGACCCGGGCUGGACCAGUAUCAACCGAGGGGUCCUGAUCUGUGAUGAAUGCUGUUCAGUCCACCGCAGCUUAGGCCGCCAUAUCUCUAUAGUCAAGCACCUGAGGCACAGCGGAUGGCCUCCCGCACUACUGCAGAUGGUUCAGACCUUGGCUAGUAACGGGGCCAACUCCAUAUGGGAACACAGUCUUCUGGACCCUGCUCAGGUGCAGAGCGGUCGUAGGAAACCCAACCCCCAGGACAAAGUCCAUCCCACUAAAUCAGAGUUCAUCAGAGCCAAAUACCAGAUGCUGGCCUUUGUGCACAAGCUACCCUGCCGCGAUGAUGAUGGCGUCACUACCAAGGACCUCAGUAAGCAACUUCACUCGAGCGUGCGGACGGGGAGUUUAGAGACGUGUCUUCGGCUCCUGUCCCUCGGCGCACAGGCCAACUUCUUCCACCCGGAGAAAGGCACUACUCCGCUCCAUGUGGCAGCAAAGGCAGGCCAGAUCCUGCAGGCUGAGCUGCUAGUGGUGUACGGCGCAGACCCCGGAGCACCCGACAUCAACGGACGCACGCCUAUGGACUACGCAAGGCAGGCAGGCCAUAUAGAGCUAGCAGAGCGGCUUGUAGAGUGUCAGUAUGAACUGACGGACAGACUAGCGUUUUACCUUUGUGGACGGCGCCCAGAUCACAAGAAUGGCCAUUAUAUCAUUCCUCAAAUGGCAGACAGAGCUCGUCCUAAGUGCCCGACACAGAGCCUGGACCUCUCAGAAUUGGCCAAAGCUGCCAAGAAGAAGCUUCAAGCGCUCAACAAUCGGCUGUUUGAGGAGCUAGCAAUGGACGUCUAUGACGAGGUAGAUCGCAGAGAAAACGAUGCAGUGUGGCUUACGACCCAGAACCACAGCACUCUGGUAACAGAACGCAGUGCGGUGCCCUUCCUACCAGUCAACCCUGAAUACUCUGCUACACGUAACCAGGGCCGUCAGAAGCUGGCCCGUUUCAACGCUCGGGAGUUCGCUACGCUUAUCAUUGACAUCCUGAGUGACGCCAAAAGGAGACAGCAGGGGAAAGGUCUCAGCAGCCCUACUGACCCUUUGGAUCUGGGCAUUGACGAUGACCAGCAUGACUAUGACAGCGUAGCUUCUGAUGAAGACACAGACAGCGAGCUGACUACCCAGAACAACAACAACACACAACGCAGCAACCGUGCAAAGAGCAUGGACUCGUCCGACUUGUCAGACGGUCCCAUCACUCUGCAGGAGUACCUGGAGGUGAAGAAGGCCCUGGCCUCUUCAGAAGCCAAGGUUCAGCAGCUGAUGAAGGUCAACAACAACCUGAGCGAGGAGCUCCGGCGACUCCAGAAGGAGAUCACGCGGAUGCAGACAGAGAACAGUGCACUGCGGGGUGGCCAGCAGGCUGGUGGGGCAGCUGGCCAUGGGGUAGGGGGGCCUGGCGGAGGAGGAGGAGGAGGAGGAGGAGGGGGAGGCCACUGGCAAGGGGGUGGAAUGAGAGGAGGAAUAGGCGGAGGGGGUUUGGGUGGGUUUGGGCCAGGUGCGGACCCACCGGCGCUCUCUGUGCCCUCCUCGGUCGUCCCCCACUCCCAUCCCCACCGGAGAGACCGCCAGGCCUUCUCAAUGUACGAGCCAGGGGCUGCCCCCGGCCCCACGGCCCAUUGUCCCCCAGCCCUGGACUCCCUGGCAGCCCGCCUGCAGCCCCUCAACACACCCAGCGUAAGGAAGGGUGGUCCAACGUCAUAUGGAAGCCAGCAUCUGUCUGGAUCUACAGAGAUGGGCAGAUAUAUGGUCCCUAAACCGGAGAAGCACGGCAGUGGCACCGACAGUGACUAUGACAACACACAAACAUACGACCUCUCGCUAAGUAUGGGCCGCAGCAGUGAGGAGGAAGGCCGUGGGGAGUCUGAGGAGGGAGGAGGUGGGGAGGCGGGGGAGCCGGAUCCCACCCUGCCCUGCACAGAGGAUGUCAUACUGAAAACUGAGCAAGUGACCAAGAACAUCCAGGAGCUGCUCAGGGCCGCUCAGGAGUUCAAACAUGACAGCUUUGUUCCAUGUUCUGAGAAAAUCCACUCCGCUGUCACUGAGAUGGCCUCACUCUUCCCCAAACGCCCGGCAUUGGAUGCAGUCCACUGCUCCCUCCGGCUGUUGGCUUCCAGUGCCUCACGGUUGCAGGUGGAGUGCCGUAAGGCGGCGCCAUCGGAGCCUGGGGCCCCUGCAGUGGACUACCAACUCCUCACUCAGCAGGUCAUCCAGUGCGCUUACGACAUCGCCAAGGCUGCAAAGCAGUUGGUCACCAUCACCACUCGUGAGAAGAAGCAGUGACCCCAACAAAUGCAUGGAUGGAUGGAGAGGGAAGAGAGAGAGAGAGAGAACGGAUCAAUGCAUGGGUGGGCUAAGAGGGAUGGGAGGGGAUUCUAGGAGAAGAAGAAAGAGAGGGGGGGAAAUAUGAUCACACUAAAGAUGGGAGGACGAGGGAGGGGGGAGUGAUUGAGAGAAUGAUGGGGAAAGGAAGAGUUUGGAAUAUGCAUGGAAAAGGAAUCAGACGGAAGCGUAGAGAAUCGAUUGUUGAGUAGAAACACGACAGAGAAGCAAAAAAAAAAGUUCCACAAGUGUGUGGAAGUGAAAGUAGGGGAGGACGAGUGGACGGAUCCAACCUGGAAACUACAGCCUGCUGCGAGCUAAACAAACUGUUGGAAUCAGAUGUGUAUAAUAAACCGCUUAAACUGUGACAAGCAUACGUGAAACACAACGGUGGCGAUGUACAUUGAACUGGAUCCUGAGAUGUCACUGCUUUAUUUAUUCUCACCUGUCACUCGUCAUCCCUUCCUCUCCCCAUUUACCUGAGCUUGGAGGGGGGAGAACAGGGAGUGUAUGCUGCGAGAGAGAGAGAGAGGGAGCGUAGAUGAGACCGACCGUGACAUAUUCCACACACCAUCUCCGUCUCUCCGUCCUGUGAGGAGUCAGGACGUUUCCCCUCUCCUUUCCUCUCCUCUCUGGCCCACUUUUCUCCCUCUCUCCAACCAGACAGGAGGCCCCCUCCUCCAUCUCCUAUCCCGUCCCAGACAAGGAUGAGCUCACGGUGCAGAGAAGGACCCCCGCCGGGGACCCAUCCAGCUCCAUCCCACCCCGUCUCCACACUUCACCCAGGCUGUAAGAUGCUUCCUCCUGGGGUUGGCUUUUGCAGGGGGGGGGGGGCUGCAGCUUUUCUCCAACCCGUCACCCCCUGUUGUUGGCGGUACACAGCAUGAUCUGGCAUGUUUUCAGUUCCUUCCUCCCUCUCCUUUUUUUUCAUUUUUUGUUUUAUUUUGUUUUUCUCUUUUGAAUUUGCAGAUCGGUGUGGUCUGCACCUCUGGGGGACAAAAAUGACUUACACAAAACAAACACUUACACUGGAAUAAUUGUGAUUUAUUGUUGUUGUUUAUCAUGCCUAUUGUUUUUUUUUUUUUUGUAUUGAUAUUUUUACUGACUGUCAUCUUGAUUUAACUGUUUAUGUAUGUUUUAUUUUAUUGUCUCAAAUAUGAUUCUCAUUUAGUGGAAUAGGGAGACAGGUGGUGAGUAUGUGCUCAACCUCUUACUGGGAUUUAAGUAAACAUGCACACACACACGUACACACAUAAAAGAAAUAACCUGUGAAAUGGUCCUCAGCAUUUCUCAAGCACGCCUCUUCUGGGUGAUACUUGAGUUUUUUUGUUUGUUUGUUUUUUUUCUUGUCAUGUUGUAAUAUGUCCUGUGGCCAAGGGGUCUUACAGUUGCCAAAUGGGAGCGGGUGCUGAGGGUUAGAUUUUUUGUUUUAGUUUUUUCUGUCAGAUGGGAAAGCCCCUUGGUACAUUAUGACAGGACCUGGAUCAAAACGCUCUUUUCAUGCAUCCUGAGCUGUCUGUUUGGGCUUGAUCUACACAAAAUUGCCUCAUUUAACAGAGCCAGUGGAAUCAUCUCAGAAUCAAUCCCGUAUUCAUUUUUUGCCGUGCCAAGCAGGACAAUAAAAUCGUUCGGCAAGUUUGUGUAUGAGUAUAUAAACCUUACCCUCCUCCACCCGGUCUUGCUUUUAAAGCAAUAUGUUAUUUACAUGGUGGGUGUGCUCCCUGGGUGCUUGUAUUACACAGCAGCCAUUAUUUGCAUGUUUUUAAAAAGAAGAAAAGGAAAAAAAGAAAAAAAAAAAGAAAAAGUGGUUCAGUCACAUUUAAGUUGAUACACAUGCUGGUAUGUUGCAGCUUUAAGUAGUCCUGUGGAAAAGCGCCAGAUCUCGCAACCUGGAAAGCAAAUAUGGUGAAAGAUACUCGUCGCAUUAUUUCAUUGGAGAAGACAUGCUCGUUUGAAAUGGAUUUAGCCACCUCAAGUGUGCUUGAUGUAGUUUGCCAUGUAUUAUUUUCACUUUUUUUCUUUUUUUUUUCUUCUUCUGGCAAGCACAAUCAAGCCCACGUUGUGUUUUUUUUUUCCGGUUGAUUCUUUGUCACGGCCUGCUGAUCUGGGCCACAGAAGUUGUCACUUCUAGCUCACUGUCUCUGAACUCUGCGAAUGGGGAGACAACAUUGGGAACAAAGAUGUUUUUUUUUUUGUUUGUUUUAAUUUUUUUCAAAAAGAAAGCGCACUUAGGCCUACUGUAGGUUUUAAAGCUUGUUGUACUGUGCCGAACAAAUAUGGUCAUAUCUGUAACAAAAGGAUGCAGAUGGGACCUAAAAAAAAAAAGUCUUUCCUAGCUGCCACGAGGACCGUCCUCUUCUAGUUUAGAUUCAACUUUAACCCUUCUCCAAUGACUCUGUCGCUGGUUUCUCAAAGUGUUUGUGGCUUUAACCGGUCAUUGUUCUUGCAUUGGUCAAUUCUAAAAGCAUACUCAGUGCUUAGAAGGCCCUCUGCACAUAAAAUUUACUCAAACGUUGACCUCAUCCUUCACACGGCAGUUGCAUCUCAAUCUUUUUUUUUUCUUUUCUUUUCUUGUAUUGCUGCCUUUUUAGCAAGAAGCAAUUAGACCUUAAUUAGCCCCAAACACUUUGAGAGAUUGACGCUAGACCACCUUCAGCACUUCUCUGUCCACUCUUCUUGUGGUUUGUUCCCCCUCCCUCCUUCUUUUAUCAUCACUCGAGGUCUCUCACUGUCAGUGUUCCUCAGUCUCUAACACGGUAGGGAAGGUUAGAUUGUUUGCUCUGUUCCCUGUCAAAACAAAUUGUGUCCAGAAGACUCAUGAAAUGUAUCAUUGUUUGCUAUUGAAUGCCUUUGGACAUCAUCAUCCUCAUAAUUAUCAUCAUCUCCUGUUUGAUUGGCUGAGUUACAGUGAUGUACUGACCACUGGAACCACAGCUAUGCUUCCACACACACACACACACACACACACACACACACACACACACACACACACACACACACACACACACACACACAUAUUGUGGGGCCAGCAGUAAAAGCUUGUCCCUCCAAUCAUGAAUGCCCAAGUUUUAGACUAGAGCCAUAUAUAUGAACAUAUAUUUUCAUGCUAUAUUUUAUAUUAAGCUAUAUGUUAGGGUUUUGUUUGUCUGCAAGAUAUUUAUGUCUAUUUGUUAGCCCAAGUGGGCUUCAGGCUGCGGGAUCUAUUCACCCAAUCUUCAUUCAGCUCUCUAGUCUUGACACCAGUGUACUUCUAGAUAUUUGAAGUCUUGUAAGUAUGGUUAUGCUGUGGUAUUACCCCUCCCCCCUUUAUGUAGUUAUAUUGUACAUAUUAAUGAUCCUACCAGAAUCCACAAUAAGCGAGGAGCGAGGACAACUGUUUGAUGUAGGCGAUUACUCAACAGCGUGGUCUAAGUUGCACUAUUUUCAAACACCAGCUUGGUGGAGUAGGAUCUACAUUAUGUACUGUACUCUCCCAAAGGUCUUAGUCCAAGUACAUUAGGUGCAGGAUGCAGGGUUUGAUUCGGGAUGGGGCAAUAGGAAUGGUCUGAAGCGCACUUCGGCUUAGCACUACAGUCAUCUCAAAAAUGGCGAGGGGAAGGUCUGAAAAAAAAAAUGCACAUGGCCCAGACCUUCCCCGAGUUGGACACUACAUAGGGUGCCUCUAGUAUGAAUGUUAAACGCUUCCGUCGGUUCAUGUCCAACACAACUUUAUACACCUUUCAUCAUUCAGCACAUCAUUUCCAACAUGAAACACACACCCUCAACUUAUGAGUUGGACCAAGCCUUCUACAAGUACAAACAUUAAAUUUGCAGCCAGUGAAUUAUACACACACACUUCUGAUACUCAGCCAUUGGCAGUGCACUGUGGCGUGUACUGUUGCUGUCCCUGUGUUUCUUCACAGCUCUACACUUUGGGAGAUGGGUAACGGGAGAGUUAUCUUUUAACAGAAGUUAAAAAACUGUAUAAAGUAGAGAAAACAAGGACUUAAAAGGUCAAUCGUAAUGGAAACUCAUAAGCUGUACAUUUGUAAUAAAAUAGUAAAACAA